GCGGCGCGGCCCAUGGGCUAUUUCGAGCUGCGGCUGAGCGCGCUGCGGAACGCGAACGGCGAGCUGCUGAGCGGCGCCUGCUGCGACGGCGACGGGCGGACGGCGCGCGCGGGGGGCUGCGGCCGCGACGAGUGCGACACGUACGUGCGCGUGUGCCUCAAGGAGUACCAGGCCCAGGUGACGCCCACGGGGCCCUGCAGCUACGGCCACGGCGCCACGCCCGUGCUGGGCGGCAACUCCUUCUACCUGCCGCCGGCGGGCGCUGCGGGGGACCGAGCGCGCGCGCGGGCCCGGCCCGGCGGCGGCGGCGGCGACCGGGACCCGGGCCUCGUCGUCAUCCCCUUCCAGUUCGCCUGGCCGCGCUCCUUCACGCUCAUCGUAGAGGCCUGGGACUGGGACAACGACACCACUCCAGAUGAGGACCUGCUGAUUGAGCGUGUGUCCCACGCGGGCAUGAUCAACCCCGAGGACCGCUGGAAGAGCCUGCACUUCAGCGGCCACGUGGCCCACCUGGAGCUGCAGAUCCGCGUGCGCUGUGACGAGAACUACUACAGCGCUACCUGCAACAAGUUCUGCAGGCCCCGCAAUGACUUCUUCGGCCACUACACCUGUGACCAGUACGGCAACAAGGCCUGCAUGGAUGGCUGGAUGGGCAAGGAGUGCAAGGAAGCCGUGUGUAAACAAGGAUGUAAUUUGCUCCACGGGGGAUGCUCUGUGCCUGGGGAGUGCAGGUGCAGCUACGGCUGGCAGGGCAAGUUCUGUGACGAGUGUGUCCCCUACCCCGGCUGUGUGCACGGGGGCUGUGUGGAGCCCUGGCAUUGCGACUGCGAGACCAACUGGGGCGGCUUGCUCUGCGACAAAGACCUGAACUACUGUGGCAGCCACCACCCCUGUGUCAACGGGGGGACCUGCAUCAACGCAGAGCCGGACCAGUACCACUGCGCCUGCCCAGACGGCUACUCUGGCAAGAACUGCGAGCGGGCCGAGCACGCCUGCGCUUCCAACCCCUGUGCCAACGGGGGCUCCUGCCACGAGGUGCCCUCGGGCUUCGAGUGCCACUGCCCGUCAGGCUGGAGCGGGCCCACCUGCGCGCUGGACAUCGACGAGUGUGCUUCCAGCCCUUGUGCAGCUGGCGGCACCUGUGUGGACCAGGUGGAUGGCUUCGAGUGCAUCUGCCCUGAGCAGUGGGUGGGGGCCACGUGCCAGCUGGACGCCAAUGAGUGUGAAGGGAAGCCGUGCCUUAAUGCUUUUUCUUGCAAAAACCUGAUUGGCGGCUAUUACUGUGAUUGCCUCCCGGGCUGGAAGGGCAUGAACUGCCACAUCAACAUCAACGACUGCCGUGGGCAGUGCCGGCACGGCGGCACCUGCAAGGACCUGGUGAACGGGUACCAGUGCCUGUGCCCCCGCGGCUUCGGGGGCCGGCACUGCGAGCUGGCGCGGGACCCGUGUGCCAGCAGCCCCUGCCGCGGGGGCGGCGUCUGCGAGGACCUGCCGGAGGGCUUCCGCUGCCGCUGCCCCCGGGGCCUCUCCGGACCGCUCUGUGAGGUGACCGUGGACUUCUGCGAGCCAAGCCCCUGUCUCAACGGUGCUCACUGCUACAGCCUGGAGGGGGACUACUACUGCGCCUGCCCGGAGGACUUCGGCGGCAAGAACUGCUCCGUGCCCCGGGAGCCCUGUCCCGGGGGGGCCUGCAGAGUGAUCGACGGCUGCGGGGUCGAGGUGGGAGCUGGGGUGUCUGGCGUGUCCCCCACCCACGUGUGUGGCCCCCACGGACACUGCGUCAGCCAGCCUGGGGGCAACUUCUCCUGCGUCUGUGACAGCGGCUUCACGGGGACCUACUGCCACGAGAACAUCGACGACUGUCUGGGCCAGCCCUGCCGCAACGGGGGCACGUGCAUCGACGAGGUGGACGCCUUCCGCUGCUUCUGCCCUAGCGGCUGGGAGGGCGAGCUCUGUGAUACCAAUCCCAACGACUGCCUCCCCGACCCCUGCCACAGCCGCGGCCGCUGCUACGACCUGGUCAACGACUUCUACUGCGCCUGCAACGACGGCUGGAAGGGGAAGACCUGCCACUCGCGCGAGUUCCAGUGUGACACCUACACCUGCAGCAACGGGGGCACCUGCUAUGACAGCGGGGACACCUUCCGUUGCGCCUGCCCGCCGGGCUGGAAGGGCAGCACCUGCACCAUCGCCAAGAACAGCAGCUGUCUGCCCAACCCCUGUGCCAACGGGGGCACCUGCGUGGGCAGCGGCGAUUCCUUCUCCUGUAUCUGCCGGGAUGGCUGGGAGGGCCGGACCUGCACUCACAACACCAAUGACUGCAACCCACUGCCGUGCUACAACGGCGGCAUCUGUGUGGACGGCGUGAACUGGUUCCGCUGCCAGUGCGCUCCCGGCUUCGCGGGUCCCGACUGCCGCAUCAACAUCGACGAGUGCCAGUCCUCCCCCUGUGCCUACGGCGCCACCUGUGUGGACGAGAUCAACGGGUACCGCUGCAGCUGCCCUCCGGGCCGCACUGGCUCCCGGUGCCAGGACGUGGUCGAGUUUGGGAGGCCCUGCUGGUCCCGGGGCAUGCCGUUCCCGCACGGAAGCUCCUGGGUGGAAGACUGCAAUACCUGCCGCUGCCGGGAUGGCCGCCGGGACUGCAGCAAGGUGUGGUGUGGGUGGAAGCCUUGCCUGCUCUCGGGCCAGCCUGCUGCCUUGAGCGCCCAGUGCCCGCCGGGACAGCAGUGUCAGGAGAAGGCCCCGGGCCAGUGCCUGCAGCCCCCCUGCGAGGCCUGGGGCGAGUGUGGGGCGGAGGAGCCCCUGCCCCCCAGCACUCGCUGCCUGCCGCGCUCCGGGCACCUGGACAACAACUGCGCCCGCCUCACGCUGCGCUUCAACCGAGACCAAGUGCCCCAGGGCACCACGGUGGGUGCCAUCUGCUCUGGAAUCCGUUCUCUGCCAGCCACCAGGGCGGUGGCUCGUGAUCGUCUGCUGCUGCUCCUCUGUGACCGGGCCUCCUCGGGAGUCGGCGCGGUGGAGGUGGCUGUGUCCUUCAGCCCCGCGCGGGACCUGCCGGACAGCAGCCUGAUCCAAGGCGCAGCGCACGCCAUCCUGGCCGCCAUCACGCAGCGGGGAACAGCUCGCUGCUGCGGGCGGUCCGAGGUCAAGGUGGAGACGCCUGGUCACGACGGCUCGGCCACGGGCCUGCUGGUGCCGGUGCUGUGCGGUGUGUUCAGCGUGCUCUGGCUGGCCUGCGUGGUCAUCUGCGUGUGGUGGACGCGGAAACGCAGGAAAGAACGGGAGCGGAGCCGGCUGCCCCGCGACGAGAGCGCCAACAACCAGUGGGCCCCGCUCAACCCCAUCCACAACCCCAUCGAGCGGCCGGCGGGCGGCGGGGCCCGGCGGCGGGCCCCAAGGACCGCGCUCUUCCAGUGCAAGAACUUCACGCCGCCGCCCCGCAGGGCGGGCGAGGUGCUGCCCGGACCGGGGGCCCGCGGGGGUGGCGGGGAGGAGGAGGAGGAGGAGGAGCUGGGCCGCGGCGAGGAGGACUCCCCGGCAGAGAACUUCCUCUCGUGUAAAUUCACCAAAGACCCCGGCUGCUCUUCAGGGAGGCCGCCCUGGGUGCCCUCGGGGCCCAAAGUGGACAACCGCGCCGUCCGGAGCGCCAGGCACGGGCCCUACGCCGGCCGGGAGUGAGACCGCGGCAGCCCCCGGGGCCCGGACCGCUGCCCUGCCGGGGAGCCCCCCCCCCCCACCCCAGGAGGCGGAGGCCGUGUGCAUAGCUUCUUUAUUUUGUGUAAAAACCAACCCACCAAAAACGAAAAACAAAUGUUUAUUUUCUACGUUUCUUUAACCUUGUAUAAGUUAUUCGAUCGCUGUCAGGCAGAACACAAUGGAGUAUUCUCGGACUGUU